GAUGUCUUGGCGAAGGCGUUGGCUGGACUUUAAGCGUACAAUCAUUGGUCCAGUCCCUGUCGGGAACCGCACAGUGAUUGGCCCAGGAGCCCGUCAGUUUCUGCCGAGAGCUGUUGAGUUUUGGAUUGGACUGAGCAAGAAGGGAGCGAGAGCUGAGAGCGGGCAUCCGGGCCGCACCGGCCGAACCGGCUUGAUACUGAUGGACAUUGUAUGGGCCAGAGGCAGGGAUGGUUGGCUAUGACCCCAAAGCAGAUGGCAGGAAUAACUCCAAGUUCCAGGUGGCAGCAGCUGGGUCUAUGUCUGGACUUGUCACACGGGCGCUUAUCAGUCCCCUGGACAUCAUCAAAAUCCGUUUCCAGCUUCAGAUUGAGCGCCUGUCUCGCAAUGACCCCGGUGCAAAAUACCAUGGGAUCCUACAGGCCACAAAGCAGAUUUUGCAAGAGGAGGGCCCAACGGCAUUCUGGAAAGGACACAUCCCAGCCCAGAUUCUCUCCGUAGGCUACGGAGCUGUCCAAUUUUUGUCAUUUGAAAUGCUGACGGAGCUGGUCCACGGAGCCGACCUGUACGACAACCACGAGUUCUCGGUGCACUUUGUAUGUGGUGGUCUGGCUGCCUGCGUGGCCACCCUCGCCGUGCACCCUGUGGAUGUUCUGCGCACCCGCUUUGCAGCUCAGGCUGUGCUAGGAUCUCGUGCACUGUGUACCAUGAUUCAUGUAACCAUCGCCCACAGAUGGACAUUAUACCUUUUGCUGUUUCACGGGGUACUGCAGGUGUAUAAAACCCUGCGAGAUGCCGUGGUGACCAUGUUCAGGACCGAAGGCCCAAUGGUCUUCUAUAAAGGCUUGAGCCCCACCAUGAUCUCCAUCUUCCCCUACGCCGGCCUCCAGUUCUCCUGUUACACCUCCCUGAAGCACUCCUAUGAAUGGCUCCUGCCAGCUGAAGGAAAGAAAAGCGAGAACCUCAAAAACCUGCUUUGUGGCAGUGGAGCCGGAGUCAUCAGCAAGACCCUUACGUAUCCCCUGGAUCUCUUCAAGAAACGGCUGCAGGUUGGAGGGUUUGAGCAUGCCCGAGCUACCUUUGGCCAGGUGCGGAGCUAUGGGGGCCUCCUGGAUUGUGCCAAGCAGAUGCUGCAAGACGAGGGUGCCCUGGGCUUCUUCAAGGGCCUGUCCCCCAGCCUGCUGAAGGCUGCCGUCUCCACAGGCCUUAUAUUCUCCUGGUAUGAACUCUUCUGUAACAUCUUCCACUGCAUGAAGAAGCCAGACCGAAUGCGCUGAGGGCAGGAAGGGCCGGAGGUCUUCCCUGGAGGCAACCUGCCAAGAGAAGGAAGACUAGGUCUCCACUGAGGGGGCCGCCUGCCCCAUCCCUGCAGGCCACCUGUCCUGAGCAAGAAGAGCCGCUGGGGGCAGGGUGGCAGCUUUGAACCCACCCGGCUAGAAGGCCACCAGAAGGGCGAGGGCUUCCCCCAGGAGCAGGCAGAGAGGAGGCAGGGCCUGGGCUGUGGAGCGCCAAGACUGCAGCGAGGAAGAGUGUGAAGCUGCUGUUUCUCCUCCAUCCAGCCCAAAACCAAAGGACACAGAUGCCAUCCUACACUUCCCAGCCCGUCUGCUGCGAGAAUUCUCCUGGUUCCGGCUGGGCCGCAGCUUGAGUGCAGAGGGCUGGCUUGGCAGGAGUCUGGUCCCCACACCCAGCCUGUGUUUCCCACCAACCUAUUAACAGACAGUAAAGCUAAGCGCACACUCUCCUCA